UCUCUCAAAAUAGAAACCUCCCAAACAUCAAUGGAUAACUAACAAAGCCUCAGCUCCACUCCCCUUAGAUCUGCUCCUGCUCUGCUCUUUCUGUAAUAAGGUGUGGAUCUUUGAUUUGAAUUAAGAGAAUCAUGGCUUUAGGGAAAUAUAGUAGGAUAGAUAAUAGGAGAUCUUCGUCGAGUUACUGGCCAACUGUGACGGUUGUUGUGUUUGUGGCUCUUUGCUUGGUUGGAGUAUGGAUGAUGACGUCUUCGUCUAUGGCACCGGUUCAGAAUGUGGAUGAGCCAGCACAGGAGAAGAAAAGUGAGGUGAGGGAACAGGUGGUGGAGAGCAAUGAGAGUAGUACUCAGCAGUUUGAAGAUAACACGGGUGAUUUGUCUGAGGAUGCUACAAAAGGAGAUAGUUUGGUUCAGAAUGAAAAAAGUGGUAAUAUACAAGAAAAUGAUGAGAAGUCUAAUGAGGAGACUAAGUCAGUUGAUGGAUCGAAUAUAGAGACGCAAAAUGAUGAGAGUAAAACAGAUGAUGGAGCUUCUAAGACUGAAGAAAAUUCAGAAUCUGGGGAGACGAAGACUGAUGCUGGUGAAGGUAAUUCUGAGGAGAAUUCAAAUGAGAACGAGAAGAAAACUGAUACGGACAAGAAUGAGAUUAAGUCAGAGGAGAACUCUGACAAUAUGAAGGAUGGAGAAAAAGUAGAUGGCCAAAUUCAGGAGAAGGUGGACCAAAAUGAUGAAAAGGAGCCAGAGAAAAGCUCUGAUGAUAAAAAGGAGGAUGACCAAUCGAAAAACCAGACAACAGAGUCAAAGAAUGAAAAGGAAGAGCCAGAGAAAAGCUCUGAUGAUAAAAAGGAGGAUGACCAAUCGAAAAACCAGAGUUUGAAUGAGGUCUUUCCUUCUGGGGCUCAGUUGGAGCUCUCAAAAGAUACUGCCACACAAAAUGGGUCCUGGUCAACUCAAGCAACAGAGUCAAAGAAUGAAAAGGAAGCUCAAUUAUCUUCUGCGAAUCAAAGUGGAUAUAAUUGGAAUCUUUGCAAUACCACUGCAGGGUUUGAUUAUAUCCCAUGCCUUGACAACAUCCAAGCAAUUAAGAGUCUUCGAUCUACUAAGCAUUAUGAACACCGAGAGAGGCACUGCCCUGAAGAACCCCCCACCUGCCUUGUUCCUCUUCCUGAAGGAUAUAGACGUUCUAUUAAGUGGCCUACUAGCAGGGAAAAGAUCUGGUACUAUAAUGUUCCCCAUACCAAACUUGCAGUAGUUAAGGGGCACCAAAAUUGGGUGAAAGUUGAAGGAGAGUACCUCACUUUCCCAGGUGGUGGAACCCAGUUUAAGCAUGGUGCUCUCCAUUAUAUCGACUUCAUAAAUGAGACUGUGCCUGACAUUGCCUGGGGAAAACGUUCUCGUGUGGUGUUAGAUGUUGGAUGUGGGGUGGCCAGCUUUGGAGGCUUCCUUUUUGACAGAGACGUUCUGACCAUGUCAUUUGCUCCUAAAGAUGAACAUGAAGCCCAAGUUCAGUUUGCACUUGAAAGGGGAAUCCCUGGUAUAUCAGCUGUGAUGGGAACAAAGAGACUUCCCUACCCGGGCAAAGUUUUUGAUAUAGUCCACUGUGCACGUUGCAGAGUCCCAUGGCAUAUAGAAGGUGGGAAACUUCUUUUGGAGCUCAAUCGUUUGUUGAGACCUGGUGGUUUCUUUGUGUGGUCUGCUACUCCUAUAUAUCAAAAGAUUGGUGAAGAUGUUGCUAUUUGGAACGCUAUGUCUGAGCUAACAAAAGCUAUAUGCUGGGAACUUGUGUCCGUCAGUAAGGAUACAGUUAAUGGAGUGGGUAUAGCAAUAUAUAAGAAGCCUACAACUAAUGAGUGCUACGAGAAAAGAUCAAAACAAGAGCCUCCAAUGUGCCCAGAAACGGAUGAUCCAAAUGCAGCAUGGAAUGUUCCACUGCAAGCUUGCAUGCAUAAGGUACCAAUAGAAUCAUUAGAACGUGGGUCACAGUGGCCAGAGCAGUGGCCUGCAAGGUUGGAGAAACCACCAUACUGGUUGCUGAGUUCCCAAGUUGGGGUCUAUGGAAAAUCUGCGCCAGAAGAUUUCACUGCAGAUUAUGAACACUGGAAACGGGUAGUGUCCAAGUCUUAUCUAAAUGGCCUUGGAAUAGAUUGGUCAUCUGUGAGGAAUGUCAUGGACAUGCGAUCUGUCUAUGGAGGAUUUGCUGCCGCUCUGAAAGAUAUCAAUGUGUGGGUCCUAAAUGUUGUCUCAGUAGACUCCGCAGAUACACUCCCCAUUAUAUAUGAACGAGGUCUGUUCGGUAUAUAUCAUGAUUGGUGUGAAUCAUUUAACACCUAUCCUAGAACAUAUGAUCUUCUUCAUGCUGACCAUCUUUUCUCCAAGGUUAAGAAGAGGUGUAAUUUAGUGGCUGUAGUUGCUGAGGUUGAUCGUAUCCUCAGGCCAGAAGGAAAGCUCAUCGUUCGUGAUAACGUUGAGACUAUUAAUGAAUUGGAGAGUUUGGUUAAAUCCAUGCAAUGGGAGGUUCGCAUGACCUACUCGAAAGACAAGGAGGGGUUGCUUUGUGUCCAAAAGUCCAUGUGGCGACCUGACCAGUUGGAAGAUAUUAAAUAUGCUCUUGCUUAAGCACGCUCUGCUCUCACAGCUCUUCAAUUCUUGAGCCAAAAUGCUGACGAGAUUAGGUAUUCUUUUGUUUCGGUUGUUAAUUGCAAUUCAUUGCUUCUCUUCCACGUUGGCGCCACGUAUCAUGUUAAGUAGGUUCUUAGUGUCAUAUCAUGUAUUUUAAAAUUUUUUGUUUUCAUAUCCAGUGUAUCAUGUUAAUUAAAUUCCUUGGUUUCCAACUUUAAAAAAAAAUUUGGUUAUCGUUGUCACGAGAUUGGCGCUGGAGUGCCAAGUGUGAUAUCAUGGUCAUACUACAUUAUUUAUUGAUUGAAAACGAAUGAAUUCUUGGAAAUGUAGAGGACAUUUGUUUGAAA